GCACGCACUCAAACCCUGAGCCGAACGCGCGCGCGCCUGACGCACUCUCAGACUUCACACAAACUCGAUUUGUUUUAACUUCUCUUUGGCAAAGUUGACUUGAAAACUCACCCAAUGAAUAAUCUAUACGACAACAUCGACGGUCAAGACGAGCUGGACUUUCCUUUACUCUUCCUGUACAAUCAACCUGAUUUACCUCCAGAUGAUCAAGCCGAUGAGUUUAUCGCCCCCAGCGACCACAGCACCAAUCCAGCAUCCCCAUGUGUUCACCAUGAUCCGUCUCUGUACAGCGAUGACUCCUUGUCCCAGCUCUCUCACCGUCUGCCGUCCAAUGACCUCCUCACCUACGAGCAGGAGGACCUCAGACAUUCAUUCGGUCACGCCGCCCAUCCCGCGGCCCACCAGGGCAACAGGCCUAGAAUCGAGAUCACCUGCUCUGACCUGCACCACCACCGUGAUCACAUGCACACCAGCCCCGUGAACAUCCACCGGCCCAUGCUCACCGUGCCCGGGUACGACAUGCCCUACAGGGAGAGCCAGUGCCUUAGCCCGGCCAGCAGCACCUCUUCCACUAGCUGGCAUUCGGACGGCUGCUCCCCCUGCGUGUCGCCCAACGGAAGCGGAGGGGCGGGUAUGGCCGCCGUGACCGAAGCGCUCCAGGCCAUCCAGGCUUCCGGCUCUCCAAACACGUCCCCUCGCACCAGCAUCACCGAAGACACCUUUCUGGACCGCCGCUCAUCCUCCCCGCGCUCCCGCUCGUCCUCUCCGCAGGGCAAACGCACCUAUCACCAAUACCAGACGCAGAGGUCUCCCAGUCCCUGCUGCGGACCAGAUGAGCCGCCAGAGUUUUGCGGUCAUCUCGCCAACCUGGAAGAUUCUUUAAACCAUCUCGGCGGCAACCUGAUGAAACCAAUCCCUACCAAGAUGGUCCGAUCGAGUCAAGAGUGUUCUGUCUACACGGAAAGUCUGUUCUCAUCCGUUCCUGAGGUCAAAACGCAGUUCACGGCGGAGUCUUGCUAUUUUAUCCCGUCUGCCAACUGGUCCAGUCCGACGCUGGCGGGGGUUUGUAGUAUGCCAGCGUCCGCACUGCCGGCUCUAGAUUGGUCUCUCCCCGGACGGGUGGAGCAGUACGAGCUGAGGGUGGAGGUUCAGCCCAGACAGCAUCAUCGAGCUCAUUAUGAGACUGAGGGCAGUCGAGGGGCUGUCAAAGCCUCUUCCAGCGGUCAUCCUGUGGUUCAGUUACGAGGAUACAGCGGUAGAGAGCCGCUUGCUCUUCAGAUCUUCAUCGGUACAGCUGACGACAGGAAUCUCCGACCUCACGCCUUCUAUCAGGUUCACCGGAUCACCGGCAAAACUGUGACCACCAGCAGUCAAGAACGCAUGCUGAAUGGAACCAAAGUUCUAGAAGUUCCUCUGGAACCCAAAGAGAACAUGCGUGCCACAAUCGAUUGCGCUGGUAUCCUGAAGUUGAGAAAUGCUGACAUCGAGUUUAGGAAAGGAGAAACAGAUGUCGGGCGGAAGAACACUCGAGUCAAACUGGUGUUCCGCGUUCAUGUUCCUCAGGCGACGGGUCAAUGGCUCUCUCUCCAAGUGGCCUCUCACACCAUCGAGUGCUCUCAAAGGUCGGCUGUUGAAAAGCCCACAGUAGAUCAUCAGGAUUCAGAUCACUGUUCUGUUCUGGGUGGACUUCAGAUGGUCCUCAGAGGCCAGAACUUCACAUCUGAGACCAGAGUCGUCUUCUAUGAGAAAACCCACGGUGACUUACAGACAUGGGAGGCCGAGGCAAAGGUUUACAGAGAUAAAAGCACAGCUAAUGUGCUGUGUUUGGAAAUCCCUCCGUAUCGUGAGCCCAACAUCUAUCACCCGGUUAAAGUCAACUUCCACGUGCUGAACAGCAAGAAGAGUUGCAGCCCAGCCCAACACUUCACCUACACGCCACUGUCAGUGCCACAGAUUAAGGCGGAGCCUGUGGAGAAUUACCACUACGCCCAGUUGGGCUGUGUCGUGCGUCCGGUUAUGGGGUUGUCUCCUCCCUCAUGCCGUUUGGCCGACAGCUGUAUGUUGCCCAGCGGGCGCUCUCACUCCAGCAUGUACCCCACUGCCCACUAUCAACCCCCGCCCGCACACUACCAGCUGGAGCACGCGCUGCAGGGGGGCUCCCCGGGUCACUCUGCAUGUAUGUCAGUCACACGUGGCACAACCUCACUGUCUCAGUUCGGACCCAACGUCUACCAGAACACCACAGUAAGUGACGGCAUCCAAGCGGCCACCUCCAUGUUUCCCACCCUGGACGUGUCAGAGCUCUGCUCAGGGGUGGGUCAUCAGAGGGCGUACGGCUCACGGGCGUCCCCGAGCGCAGGGAGAUCUCCACCGGUCCAUAGUCAUCAACACACAUACCUGAGCAUUCAACAUCAGAGAACCAACAGCCCGGUGAGACUCAACAUAAAACAAGAGAACCUGGACCAGGCCUUCCUGGAUGAUGUGAAUGCUGUUAUAAGAAAGGACCUCAUUCAUAAAAAUGAUUUCUGAAGCCCAGGAUGAAGCGCAUGAUCCCUCAGAAUAUAACUUUGCUUUGUUCUCUGUUUAACUGCUGUUUUCAUAUCGAUUAUUUGUAAAGAGAAAGAUCAUUAUUUUACUAUGAAAAAAACUUUAGAUUUAUUAUCACUUGAUUUAAUUAUAAAUGUUUAUAUAUAUAUUUAGCUUAUUUUCUAUCAAAGAUUGAAGUUAUAUUUAUCUAUGUGCA